UGUGCGGUCGCGCACCGCGACGACAUGGAAAGUGCGUUGUUUAUUUAUUUUUAACGUCAUCACCAUGUUCUGUGCCCACCUUAGUACAGAUAUAGACACCGCAUUGACCAGACAGCAGCCACUUAAUAUUGAUUGAUUCACAAACUAGUCAAUGCGCUCAUCGUAUUGUACGUUGCAAAUGGAUUUCGGUUGCUACGACAAGGACUCGGGCGAAGUGGAGUGCUACCUCGAAAUACGUAAAUAAAUUUUAAACGCAACUAAUUCGACGAUCUAUCGUUUACUACGAAUCGUAUUGUAAUUGAUAUUUUUAGUUGGAAACGAUGUUGUUUUUGGGUCGUGUAAACAAGCGGUCUCUUCUGACAGUAAGUUAGUCUGUAUGUCAGCGCAGUCUGUGAACGUUGGCCGAGUUAUACACUGUUAUGAACGUAAAUCAUUACUUUCUCCGUAGAAGUUAAUUGGUCAUAAUCAUUACACAAUGCGCAGAGAAGUUAGGUCGUUCAAUUCUAGGCGAGACGAUAUGCCCAGUCAUUGUGAUACGGGUACUUCUUGCGCUAUUACGAUACAGAUGCCCAAUCCAGAAGCAGCAGGUUGUGUUGAGAGGUUCGCUACGUUAAUGUCAUUCCUCCUUGUCAUCAUUACUUUUCCUUUUUCGUUGUUUGAAUGCUUUAAGGUAGUGCAAGAAUUUGAAAGAGCUGUCAUAUUCCGCCUCGGCAGGUUAAGAAAGGGUGGAGCGAGGGGUCCAGGAUUAUUUUUUGUUCUGCCUUGCAUUGAUACUUAUAGAAAAGUUGAUCUUCGCACUGUAUCAUUUGACGUACCUCCUCAAGAAGUUUUGACAAGAGAUUCAGUUACCGUAGCUGUGGAUGCUGUUGUGUAUUAUAGAAUAAAGGAGCCUUUAAAUGCAGUCGUCAGAGUUGCCGACUAUAGCGCUUCAACCCGACUUUUAGCUGCCACAACACUGCGAAACGUUUUGGGCAUGCGAGACCUGGCUCAGCUUCUAUCAGACCGAGAGGCUAUCAGCCACAUGAUGCAAGCCAACUUGGAUGAAGCAACAGAUCCCUGGGGAGUGGAAGUGGAGAGAGUUGAAAUAAAAGACGUUCGUCUCCCGGUGCAAUUACAACGUGCCAUGGCCGCGGAAGCCGAGGCGGACCGCGAGGCUCGGGCGAAAAUCAUUGCUGCUGAGGGAGAAAUCAAGGCUUCUAAAGCCUUACGAGAGGCGUCCCUGGUUAUGAUUGAUAACCCUAUGGCUUUACAACUGCGGUAUCUCCAAUCUUUAAACACGAUUUCAGCAGAGAAGAAUUCGACAAUAAUAUUCCCUUUCCCAAUGGAUUUUCUCAAAACUUUUCUGAGUGGCGGGGCCGGUCCAAGCGUAGCUCAUUCGCAAUUGCCUAUUUAAUUUUAAUUAUAUGUUUAUGUUAAAUAUUUUAGUACAUUAUAAAGACGUAUUGUGUGAAAGAAAAUGGAAAACAAUUAUUUUAAAAAGGUUUCAUUCACUUUGUUAUGUUUUGAUACGAAUAAUUCGGACAUAUAGUCUUAUUAUCUAUUAUCGGACGGAUAGAUUUCGAAAUUUAAUAAUUCUGAAAUUAAUGCUAUAUAACGAGUAAAAACCUUCUAGUCUUAUCUAGUCAAAUUCGCAGGUUUUGCAAAUGUAUGUUGUUAUAUUUUGUAUAACUUUUGUUUUAUUUGAUACCGGACAACAACUAUUUUUCAAUAUUUAAGAGUUUAUUUUUUUAUUUAAUGUUAAGCUACAUGGUAAGUUGUAAUAUUUUAAAGUCACUUUGAGUGAUAUCUGAUGACAAUAAAUCUAUCAUUUA